AUGGGUGUUACAAUUGCUCAGACUAAUUUAGAUGGAAUUCUUCCGCUGAUCGCGAGGGGUAAGGUGAGAGAUAUCUAUGAAGUGGACCCAAAAACGUUGUUGUUCGUGGCUACCGAUCGUAUCUCUGCUUAUGAUUGUAGUAUGAGUAAUACUAUUCCUGAUAAGGGUGUUAUGCUUACUAGACUCUCUGAGUUUUGGUUCCACUUUUUGUCAAAUUACGUGCGCAAUCAUUUGAUUGAGAUCCCAGAGGGCAAGACUAUUUUCGACUUUCUACCCAAGGAACUUAGUGAACCUAAAUAUAAGGAGCAGCUGGAGAAUAGGUCUCUGUUGGUACAGAAGCAUAAGCUAAUUCCAUUGGAGGCCAUCGUCCGUGGCUAUAUUACUGGUUCUGCAUGGAAAGAAUACUGUAAGACAGGUUCUGUUCACACCAUACCGCAACCACAGGGUCUGAAGGAAUCUCAGGAGUUCCCAGUGGCUAUCUUUACUCCUUCUACGAAGGCUGAACAAGGUGAACACGAUGAAAACAUCUCCCCAGAACAAGCUCAGGAAUUGAUUGGUAAGGAUGUGGCUGACAGAGUUGCUGAAUUGGCAAUCAGGAUCUACACCAAGUGUAGGGAAUAUGCAAAAACGAAGGGAAUUAUCAUUGCUGAUACCAAAUUCGAAUUUGGUAUUGACGAAAGCACGGGUGAGAUUAUUCUAGUCGAUGAAGUUUUGACACCUGAUUCUUCUCGUUUCUGGAGCGGUGCUAACUACCAAGUGGGCAAGUCUCAGGAUUCUUACGACAAACAAUAUUUGAGAGAUUGGUUGACUUCCAAUAAGUUGGCGGGCGUCCCAGGCGUGACUAUGCCUGAAGACAUAGUGGUCAACACUAGGGCUAAGUAUCUAGAGGCUUUUGAAGCUCUUACUGGUGCCAAAUUCUAG